AGGGUGCAUGAAGAGCGAGAAUGCCGUGGACACACGCCUCAUGGCACCAUUUAGGCAGUCCAAGUUCUUCUGCGACCUGGAUAAGAUCUACGCCAUUUCGAAGCGAUCCAAGGUAAAAGCUGUCGACGCUUUUGAUGAGCUCAUUGCAACCACCCCACACUUUGCCACCAUCCAUUCUUACUUGGAAUCGCAGCGAGGUGACGAUGACCACGAAGUUUCCACGUACGAUCCAUACCGAUCGGAGCCACUGGAUAUAUGUUCCUCGCGAACUCAAACGCUCAUCUUACCUGUCACACAGACCCAAGUCGUCGGUGAUGUUGUCCCUGAGUCCGUUCGCGAUACUUGUCCUGCAUUGACGUGUACGGAAUCGCCACCAAAAAAGGAGUCGUCUGACAUGAUGGAGAUCGUUCCUGAAACACGGAUGAGCGAUGACCUACCACCCUCCCUUCCGAUAUCAACAGCACGUUCUCUCUCUGAAACACCACAUACUCCUCACAACGAGGAGACGGUCUCCGAUUCUUCCGUCGACAUGUCAUUCAACGACUCGUCCAUUGUGCCCUCCAUUUCUUUCCACCAAAACGACAGUCGUGACUUUGGCGGAGACGCAUCCACCUUGUGCAUGAACGACAGCCUUGCUGCGUUUCCUGCAGUUCCAGCGACCCCUCCAAUUGACGAACUUACAUCGACCCCGCCAACGCAGAAAUCGGCGUCACCAGCACAAUUCUCCUCGACGUCCACCAUCUUGCUCCAGCCUCAGCCCAAGUCGCCUCCGUGUACCGUUCCAAUCGAAUACUACGACACUGACCACUUUGCCGAAAUCAUGCCAUGUUGGCUCGUUGGCCCUCCAUGCCGGUUUCACGACCCGCACCUUCGGCACCCUCAACUCUUGUUCUAUGUUCAAGCUUUGGACUUGUUCCUCAACACAGCGUCAUCCUCAUCGACCUCUUACCUUCGCACCGCGUGCACGGUGGCCCGCCGAGUAUUCAUGGAGCUUUGGCACCGCCAUCUCAACUCUUCGACGGACUCGACAGUGUCGUUCGAUUUGGAUCAUUACUUGAGCAGAGGAAACACUCUUCCUGGAGUGUGCACGCCCGUUUGGCAAUAUCUACAAGUGCAAUGGCACGCCCAUUCUGCCAGUAUCUUGCACACGACGACCUUCUACUCAGCCCCGCCGCCAGAUGCGAGCAACUCCGCCAAGACGUCCCUCCCUCACAUUAAGGAUAAGCUCCGUGCAAUGCAAAUUUACGGCCGCAGUCACAAUUGCGAAUCGUUGCGGGACCUCAUCCCGCAUUAUCUUGACGCGACAACGGACCAUGGUGAGUCGAGCCAAGCUCUUUUUCGGCACGUCGCGUCUGCAGAAGAAUUGCACGUGGCACUGCGCGGUCUCCAGGCCAAGCUCAAGUGCCCUGUGAUUCCGAUGGGUACAUUCCGUCGUGGGGGCAUGUUUGUGUCCGUAUUGGACGUGUUGGCCGUCACCCCGGCCUCGGUUUCCUCGAUCGUGGACCUCUUAACCCGCGUCAAGGUCCUCGAAUGCGAUACCCACCAUGCGACAGCAACUCGGUUGAUCGCGCCCAUUCGAUUCAAAACCCACCGCCUCCUCCUGGACCUGAAAGUGUACACCCAGCCAACCGCGAGCUUUGCCAUGCUCUACUUUACUGGGCCGGCAUCGUAUGUAGCGUCCACGUUGCUAGCGUCCAUGGCAAAGGUCGACGACAGCACACCUGUCACCUUUGACGACUGGUACACAUGGUUGCUGUCAAAGUACGGGGCGGACCUCCUCCUCGCUCAGGUACACGACGAAGCAAGUGCGUGUCGAGUCCUGCAAAUUCCUUAUUUGGCGCCACGCGAUCGACUGUUUUAAGUUGGCAAGACUCAUAUUUACGCGUGAACACGGUGUGCAAA